GCAGGCCCUGUGCAUGGUGCUUCAGUCUCUGGAUUCCCUGAUUUGAGGGGAAUGAUUUGAUGGAGACAUCCCACUUAAGGCUGAAUGUUCCAAGAUCUCUUUCUCUCUGUCAUUUUUGGCUGUGGGUCUCUAUUUGUUCCCAUUUUCUGCAAGAUGAAGCUUCUGUAAUGAUGGCUGAACAAGGCACUGAUCUUUUGAAGGUUUGAACAGGCCAAUGAGUGUUCUCAUCAUCGAGGCCUUUUAUGGAGGCUCCCAUCGACAACUGGUAGAGCUGCUCCAAGAAGAAUUAGGCAAUUGUGUCCUCUAUACCCUUCCUGCAAAGAAAUGGCAUUGGAGAGCACGGACAGCAGCUUUAUACUUCUCACAGAGUAUUCCCAGCAGCGAGCACUACAGGACCCUUUUUGCAAGCUCAGUACUUAACCUGACUGAACUGGCUGCCCUUCGGCCUGAUCUGGGCAAACUGAAGAAGAUCUUGUAUUUCCAUGAAAACCAGUUGGUAUAUCCUGUCAAGAAAUAUCAAGAGAGGGAUUUUCAGUAUGGAUACAACCAAAUUCUCUCAUGUUUGGUGGCUGAUGUGGUGGUAUUCAAUUCCUUUUUUAAUAUGGAAUCGUUCCUUACUUCCAUUGGAAAAUUCCUGAAGCUGAUUCCUGAUCAUAGACCUAAGGAUCUGGAAAGCAUAAUCAGACCCAAGUGUCAGGUUAUUUAUUUUCCCAUCAGGUUUCCUGAUGUAAGCAGAUUCAUGCCCAAGCACAAAAUAGCCCACUUAAGGAAGAUGCUCGGCCUUAGUGGAAAUGGUGUUGCAGCUUUGCCAGUGAUGCUUCCUUCCCAACCAGAGCAGAGGGAUUCUAAGAAGUUAUCAGGGAAUGUGAAAUCCAAGUCUGAUGAACACCCCGGUAUUGAUGCUGGACAAGAAACCCUGGACAACCCAUCAACCCAGAAAUCAGACUUGGAGAAGUCCAGCCUGUCAGAAGAUAACUCAGGUUCUCUUCCUGUGAGCAAAACUCUAGCUCUUGCUCCCAGCAACCUUUUGUGUGGAGAUGAUGAUCAGCCAAGACCACUGCACAUCACCUGGCCUCACAGAUGGGAACAUGACAAAGAUCCAGAGAGUUUUUUUAAGGUAUUACUGCAUCUAAAGAACUUAGGACUCAAUUUCCACGUCUCUGUCCUUGGAGAAACUUUUACAGAUGUCCCAGAUAUAUUUUCAGAAGCCAAAAAGGCACUGGGAUCUUCAGUCUUACACUGGGGCUACUUACCCUGUAAAGAAGACUAUUUCCGAGCACUGUGCAUGGCUGAUGUUGUCAUCUCAACAGCUAAGCAUGAAUUCUUUGGAGUAGCAAUGUUGGAAGCUGUGUACUGUGGCUGCUACCCACUUUGUCCCAAAGACUUGGUUUAUCCUGAAAUAUUUCCAGCUGAGUAUCUGUAUUCCACACCUGAACAGCUUUCAAAAAGGCUCCAGAGUUUCUGCAAGAGACCAGAUAUUAUAAGAAAACAUCUUUAUAAGGGUGAAGUGGCUCCAUUUUCUUGGGCAGCCCUACAUGGUAAAUUCAGGUCUCUGCUCACAACAGAACCCAGGGAAGAUUUGUGACAGAUGGGGCUAAGUCACAAACUUGCAGCCUAAGGCAGAAUCUGAAGAACUUUCCAGAGUGUGCCCAUAUUUACCUGAUCAGAGAGAAAAGAAAAUCUGCAGAGGAAGCCGAGCCUGGCUGCUUGUCAUAGCUGACACAGAGCCAUCUGCCACAAACCUGUGGCGGCUUCAGAUCUCCAAUCCCUGCCACCACCCCAACUCAAAUUAAAUACAGAUUCCUAGAGACGUUAUGAUGGUUACACAUGUCCUCGGCAUCACAUGUAGGAGACUGUUCAAAAAAAAUAUGUGGCCUGUUGUAUAACCGCACUCAUGUAUCCCAUAUGUGGUGCCACAUUGAAUUUCCGGUUGAAUCCGUUUUUAUCCUUUGUACUGGAUGACAUGGUGCCUGAAUUCUUUCUUUCUGCCGACACGAUGGCAGCCAAACUGCAGCUUCAAACACUCACACUUGGCUGAGUUUCUACCUGGGUUGCCAGGUUAUCAUCCGAGCCUUCUUGUGUCCUCAAAGGGCCACGGGGCCUAGAAAGAGGAUCAGAAUGCUACUGAACUAAUUGGGCAGCCAUCUCAAAGCUGCUGUAGGCAAAGGGCUGCCUUAGCACUUUUCUUUUAGCAAAUUAAUGACUCUCUGGCACAGGAGUUUUUAAGUGAAGGUAUUAAUAAGGGGUCUGGCAGGUAUUCCCAUGAUUCACAGAGUUUCAUUUGCAUUUAAUUAAUCUUAAAGAAACUUGCAAGAUAAACAGCUGUAAUUCGGACAAACAUGGACGCUACAGUGAGUGAAGUCCUCCCAUCCAUAAAAUGAACACAAGAUACUUGUUUUAAUUUUUUUUUCCUAUGGGUAAAAAAUAGAGAAAUCAAAAUGCUUCUAACAAAACCAUAAUUUGGUACAAAUAUUCUUCAAAAUAUUUGCAUCCAACUACACAUAUACUCUUUCUGAGAUUAGUCACUUAUAAUUCUUGUAAUCAUGCUGCUCUGUUUGUUGGUGUAAAGAUAUUUUAAAUGGCUGGAUUGUGAAAUAAAUUUUUAAUAAACUG